AGGUACCUAUAAAAGGGGCAGACUCCACCAAGGAAGGCAUCAGUUCGUGGCAUCUCCUCACCUGACAAGUCAAUUUAAACACUAGCAUGAAGCUGUCCAUUGCCAUCAUCGCGAGCAUCCUGCUCAUCAGCUUGGCCGAUCUUGCCACUGGCUCGUCGUGUGGAUGCACGGCAACAACAACACCAAAGCCAUGCACGACAACACCAAAGCCAUGCACGACAACACCAAAGCCAUGCACGGCAACAACUCCCAAGCCAACAACUCCGAAGCCAACAACUCCCAAGCCAACAACUCCCAAGCCAACAACUCCCAAGCCAACAACUCCGAAGCCAACAACUCCCAAGCCAACAACUCCCAAGCCAACAACUCCCAAGCCAACAACUCCCAAGCCAACAACUCCCAAGCCAACAACUCCUAAGCCAACAACUUCCAAGCCAUCAACCACUCGCAAGACUACAAAAGCCACCAAGCCGACAAAACCCACCAAGAAGCCUUCAUGCGGCGCCUGCGGUCCUGGUGGUGAUGCCUGCCAGGGAUGCCCAUCCCAGGAGAAGCUCUGCCAGGAACUGAUCAACACUGUGCGCAUCCUUGAGCGCAAGAUCCGCCAGUGCGUGUGCGGUCAAAAGGACUGGACGUUGUAAGGUGGAUCAGCCUUACACCCUACUCCCGGUUGUGAUGUGUGAUUUGUGAUUCGAUCCCUGCCAGGCCUUUGGCGGGGACGGCGCUCGCCCUGGACUAUGAUUUCGACCCAAUUGUUAUGUUUUCAUCAAUUCAUGUUGUUAAAGUUGACUUUUUAUAGAUAAUAAACCCGUGCGGAAAGCUGUCUUCGGUCGGCUUCCAAUCGUUCAUCCUGUUGCAAAAAUUUAA